CCCCCGCGCCGCCGGGAGCUGCCACCUGCGCGCCGGGCGCCGGCUGCGGGGCCAGCGGCGGCCAGGAGCCGGGCGGGCGCCGCAGGAUGCCGGAGACCGGGCAGGAGCCGCCCAGCGCCGCGCCGCCGCCGCCCAAGGAGUCCUUCUACAUCAAGAACCUGCUCAACGGCGACCCCCCCAAGGCGCCCCCCAAGCAGCCGCGGGCGCUGUUCGCCCCCUCGGGCAAGGCGGCCGCGGACGGCGCCGGCUUCGCCCUCUCGCAGGUGGGCGACAUCGCCUUCCCCCGCUUCGAGAUCCCGGCGCCGCGCUUCGCCCUGAGCGCCCACUGCCUGGAGCGCGCCCAGACCUGGUGGUACCCCUACGCGCUCGCGCCCGCCGGCGCCCACCUGCCCCGCGCGGAAGCCGCGGAGAAAUCCCUCCUGAGGGACUCGUCCCCCGCCUCGGGCACCGACAGGGACUCCCCGGAGCCGCUGCUCAAGGCGGACGCGGAGCACAAGGACCUGGACUCCAAGAGCCCCGACGAGAUCGUCCUGGAGGAGAGCGACUCGGAGGAGGGGAAGAAGGAGGGCGCCGGGGAGGACUGGAAGAAGCGCGAGGAGAGCCCCGAGAAGAAGCCGUGCCGCAAGAAGAAGACGCGCACGGUGUUCAGCCGCAGCCAGGUCUUCCAGCUGGAGUCCACCUUCGACAUGAAGCGCUACCUGAGCAGCUCCGAGCGCGCCGGCCUGGCCGCCUCGCUGCACCUCACAGAGACCCAGGUGAAGAUCUGGUUCCAGAACCGCCGCAACAAGUGGAAGCGGCAGCUGGCGGCCGAGCUGGAGGCGGCCAACCUCAGCCACGCGGCCGCGCAGCGCAUCGUGCGCGUCCCCAUCCUCUACCACGAGAACUCGGGCGCCGAGGGCGGCGCGGCGGGCGGCAGCGCCCCCGGCACCCAGCCGCUGCUCACCUUCCCCCACCCCGUCUACUACUCGCACCCCGUGGUCACCUCCGUGCCGCUGCUGCGGCCCGUCUGA